GUAGAUUCUCCUAUUCUCCUGAAUAUCUAAUAAUCUCUAUCCCAAUAAUUCAUCUAUUAUCAAGAUGGGCAUCUCUCACAGUACCGCGCGAUACCUCGCCCCUGCGUCGUUUGCCUAUGACUUCGCACUCCAGCAAUACGGCAUGUUUUCAUCGCCGAACAUGAAGGACAUCCACGACGCAAACCUCGCAGCAUUCAGCCCGCAGCCCUUCGCCAUCGCCGGCUUUUUCUUCCCCCAGCAGAUCUUCCAGCUGGUAUGGCUCUACAAGCUCUGGAAGGGCCAGGGGACGCGCGCAGAAGUGCAAGAAAUGACCAGCUACGCGCCCUACUACAUCCUUGGCAAUGUCUGCAUAGGAACAUGGAUGUUCUUUUGGAACGCCAACAACCUCCAAACCUCCAACGUUUUCGUCGUCAUCAACACCCUCUCCCAGCUCUUCUUCAUCUCCACCUCGCUCAAGCCCAUGAACGUCAACUCGACCCCCUCUAUCCUCACCCACGUGGUCGCCAAGACCUUCGCCGGCAUCGGGGUUCUCGACCUCCUCCACAACACCUCCGCCGCCUACUUCAAGGAUGUCCCGCCGAGCACGCUCGUCAAGAUCGUGACUGGGGUUGGGUUCGCGGGCGCGGCUAGUAUGAGCGACUGGAUCUUCGGCGGGUGUCUGGUGUACGACUUGGCGGGGCUCGCGGCGGGGCAGAGCGGGGGCUGGAGGAUGCUGCUCGGAGCGUAUGCGGUGGGCACGGCGGCGAUUGUGGCGGCGAAGAACCUGGUUUAUCCGCCGUAUGUAAGGGAGACGGUGGAGGUGGGGUAUGAGGGGGUAAACCAGGAAGAGGGCGUGUAA